AUGAAAGCACCCUACUCGCUGUCCUGCCUCUUUCUCCUGAGUCUGGGUGCCUGCUUCCCUCCCACCGAGCUGCAGGAGCCGGGAGACCCCGGGGAAGGGACCCCGCUCAAGCCCAGCUGGCAAGCGGCGUUUGAGGACUUGGGUGCCGGCUGGAGGGCAGGAGCAAAGCGGAGGCGAAGCGAGGAGCCGAGCACGCUGCUGGGCAUCGUCCGGGAGCUGCGGGGCUACGGCAAGGAGGGGACCGGGCAGCGGCCGGGCAGGCAAGGGGGCUCUGAGCUGCUGCCGGCGGGAGGGGAGAAGCGCAGCGGCACGCUGGGGAACCUGGCAGAGGAGCUCAAUGGCUACAACAGGAAAAAAGGGGGCUUCACAUUCCGCUUUGGGAGGUGA